AUGACAGUGAUUUUCAAACCUCAUUACACGCUCAGCAUCGGCAUGGAAAUGUUGAAAGUAUUUGUUACAGCCUCCCUGCUCUUCUUCUACCAGUUAGAGACCACAAAUUCAACGGGAAAAUGCAAGUUCAGUAGGAACCAUUUCGAAAAUUUCACCCUUGAAAUUAAGAACAACACAUUGUUCAUGGAUAUGAUAACCUCCAAGACGAUCCACCGAGGCCUCAAGGUCCUCAUCGAUACCCAAAUCACCCUUGACAAGGGGAGGAGCUACCAACGGCUCUUCGCCCACAUUCUGGACACCUGCAGCGUGAUCUCCCCGGUGAGAGGCAACCUCUUCAAGAGCUGGUUCGACAGCAUGCUGAAGCACGGAAACUUCAUGGUCAACUGCCCCGUGCCGGCGGGUAACUACUUUCUGCGAGACUGGAAGCUGGACUCCCAGUUGGUUCCUCACUAUUUGCUUCCUGGCGACUACUGCAUCAGUGCCCACUUCUUCUAUGGCAAGCUCAAGUCAAAGCAGGAGGACUUCUUCCUCGACAUAGAAGUAUACGCUCUGUUGAAAGCCGAUAGCUAG